CCUGAUUUGAUGUUGAGUUUGUUUCCGCAGCAAACGAAGCUGGAGAGACGCCUCUGGACAUCGCCAAACGUCUGCGACACACUCGCUGUGAAGAACAGUUGACUCAGGCUCAGACCGGAAAGUUUAACGUCCACGUCCAUGUCGAGUACGAGUGGCGUCUCCAGAACGACGACAUGGACGAGAGCGAGGACGAGAUGGAGGACAAGCCAAUCCCCAACCGCCGCGAGGAGCGUCCGGUCAGCUGCUUCGUGCCGAGCAGCGGCCCCAUGCAGCCCAACCUGGCGGCUCUGGCCCGGGACGCCGCCUGCCUGGUUCGGGACAAACAGCGGCCUCAGGUCCCCAGCAUGAUGAUCAGCAACGAGACCUAUGGCACCAUGCUGGACCUCAACCUGCCGCCGCCGGGACCCACGCCGCCGCUGCCGCCCCGAGGACCCAACCGAGGUUCGGGACACGGUAAAUCUGCUGCCAUGGAAACGGUGGGGAGACAGCGUUCGUCCUCUGACCCCCCCAACCCUCAGACCCCCGAGAGGAACUCCUCCAUGUACG